AUGUGCCGAAAAAUUAGACAAAAGGUUAAUGGUGAAUGGCGAUAUUUUAGAGAUUGUGCUUAUUUAGCUAUUGAAAUGUCGAAAUGGGCUAUAUUAUUGUUAUUUAUUAUUUCCUAUGUUAGCAAUGGUUUAGGUAUAAAAUGUUGGAGUUGUCGUUCCAGUGACGAUCCAAAGUGUGGAGAUCCUUUUGAUAAUAGCACUUUGCCAUUUGCAAAUUGUAACCAGCAAGGACUUGAAAAAUUACCUGAGACGAAAAAUAGUGUGUGCCGAAAAAUACGUCAAAAAGUUAAUGGCGAUUGGAACUACAUUAGAGAUUGUGCCUACAUAGAUGUUGACAUUCAAGUAGUGAUGGGAGGCAUCGCAAUCCUCUUCAGCUUGCAGACAACAGGCUCCUUCUCUUUCUUCAAGGUCCAU